CACUUUGUCCGCGUUAGUUGUCAUUUCGGCAGCACAGUAGGUACAUGUUAAUUAUCAUGCAAAAUAGCUUUAUUCAAAAGAUUUUAAAAUUGACAGUAGUUUCGAAAAUUGAUGAAAAACAUGGAGGAAGCGAUGAUGGUAGCGGAUUAUUCACAGGAUGACCACAAAAUGAGAUUCAAUGACAAGGAAAACAAUAGGGCUGACACCCCUAUCCUGGAAGAGUCCAAUUUGAAGACGAAGGAAGAAUGUAAACAAGAUGAUGACAACAAAAAAGCUUUGCGUGACGCCGAUAACGAGAAAAAUUUGGCGGACACAAAUGGAGACAGUCCAAGUGAUUCGGGGAGCAAUCAAGAUAUCCGGAGAAAGCGGAAACAUCGUCGUCGCCAUAAAGGAGGAAAAAACCACAGGCGAUGGAAACCGUAUGAUAAAAUGAGCUGGACAGAGAAACAGGAAUUGGAAGAAAAGGAAACCAGGCGGGCAACACAAAAACGGGAAGAAGCUUUUGCAUCAGGGCAUCCAGUGGCACCUUACAACACGACUCAGUUCCUGAUGGACGAUCACUUUAAAAAUGAAGCUAUUUCACCAGAUCUCCAUAGACACAAUUCGAAAGACUCGAAUCAGUCAAACGAUUCUGACUCGUCUUCUGAAUUUUACGAUGAUGAAGAAAAUGACGGAUUUCAAGAGAAGAAUUUCAUGGACACUUUCAAUGAUAUCCGAAUGCAGGAACUCCUGAAUAAAAGCAAAGAAGAUUUAGUGCAUGACUAUGUAGAAAUAGAGGUGAGGUUAGAACGAGUGGAGGAAAAACGAAAGCAUGAAGCUUCGAGCUCGGACCAUAAUUCCUCAGGUAGCAGUGGCGAAAAAGAUAUUUAUUAUAAAGACUAUUUACGUCUCAAGGAAGAAAAUGAAAAAUUGAAGAAGGAGAACCAGGCUUUGUUAGCAAAGUUGGACAGCUCUAAAAAGUAGUUCUCUAACCGACUUGUGUCUAAAGUCUGUGUUAAUGUUUCGUACAAUAUGCAGUUAUUAUUGUUUUUGUUACGGUGUACAAAAAUGGCAUUUUACUUUUUAACAGUUUCAGAUAUGUUGUAUUGAUUAAUUAACCUUGAUUUUCCCCGGGCAUUUAAGGGCAUGAUAGGCCUGUCUGCAAAAAUAUAUGUUUAUAUAUAAGUUGCAAUAGUACUGUACUUACAUUUUUGAAAACUUGGAAAACUAUUCCUUUAUAAUUAUGCUCAAAAUUUUUAUUUAAGCAGCCACAUGGUAGCAAUUGUCAGUGUAUCUUCAUUAUUUGAUAGUGAUGAAUUGGUUGCUGGUAUUAAAAAUUUGCAGUUAAUGCACCCAAUGCUGCAUGCCCACUUAAAAAUCUAGAAGGGGGUGGGGGACUUUUCUUUCAAGUUUUGUCGAUUAACUGAAUAUUUUACAAAAAGUUUUAACCUAUUACGUGACUAAAUAAUUAUAUAUAUAUAAUGUCACCUUACCUUUAACUAGUUAGCAAGUUGUUAUGUUGUAACAAGUUAUCAGUGCAACUGUUUGUACCCUAUGCAUCCUACCAGAUGUUUCAUUGUUUUGAAUCUUACCUUGGUCAAAAUUGAUUUUUGUUUCUUUAAUUUAUAUAUUAAUUAUUAUUUUUACUGUUUGUCUGUCUGUAUCAUGAAAAGAUUAAUCUGAGAUCAAGUGAAAUGAGAUUAAGGUUUGGAAAGAAACUUAGAAAGCAAAACAUUCUGUGAACUUUGUAUAUUUCAGUUUAUUUCGAAACUUUCUAACAAUUUGGGAAUCAUUCUUUUUUGUUCAGUUGUCCCUUCAUCACAAAGUUUUGUUGACUCUGUCUUUUUUACCUUGUUAAAAGAUUUUCUAAGCAUUUGGAGAUUGAUAUUUGCCCAAAAAGGACAAAAUUUUCAUGCAUGUGGUGUAAAGGUUGUACAAUGUACAAUGAGGUCAAAGGUUAGAUACUGUAGGCAGUCUUUCAUGUUGCCUCUCAUUAUUUUUUACCAGUUUGAAGGAUUUUCAGAUAGGUGUAAUUUUUUACUAACUUUGCCUUGAUGUUAACCGUACUGCAGAAUGUAACUAAGUGAUAUAGGGUCAAGGUCAUGUUGCAAGAUCAACAAACAAGUAGUUUUUCUUGACCAUAUAUUUUCCAAGCCCUUGUAGAUUCUUCAAACAGAAUGACAUGAAUGUAUCCCAUGAGAUGAAAUGCAAAUUUUUAUCACAGCUUUCAGUAAGACAUGUUAAUAAUAAAGUUUGUAGUUUUGUACAAAAUAUGUUUCAUUAUGAUAAUAUUUGUAACUUAAGUCAAGAAAACCAUAUUUAGCUUAAUUAUUUGAAGAAUAGUAGAGCUAUUGCACUUAAACAUUCGUUGGCACCUUGGUUUUAAUCUGGUUGAAGUUUCAUAUGGAAACUGAUCUCUUGGUAACCGCUAGAGGAAAUGGUUUGAAACUGAACACUUCCGUUUAGUGAUGAUCUGGCCUGCUCUGCCUGUGGUCCAAAACUCUAUUUUGCUUUUUUUUUCGACUUGGCAAUUUUUGGUAAAGUUGGUAUCUCAGUAGCCACUUGUGGGAAUGGGUUGAAACUUAAAACAUUUCUUUUUACUGUGAUGUUAUGACAUGCAUACACAGGUUCAGUAACUCUGCUUUGCUAUUUCACAGUUCUGCCCCUUUCUUCACAUAGCCAUUUUUGACAUGAUAUGUUACCUUAUCAAGCGGCAUGGUGAUUCCUCUUAUGUCUUUUUAGCUCAGCUGAUUUUUUGAGAAAAAAUAACAGUCAUCACUUGAUCGACGUUGUCUGAUUAAGUUUUAUGUUUAGGUCAGCUUUUCUUCUAAACUAUCAAUGCUAUUGCUUUAAAACUUGCAACACUUGUUCACCAUCAAAAGCUGAUCCUGUACAGCAAGAAACGUAACUCCAUCUUGCUUUUUGCAAGAAUUAUGGCCCCUUUUUGACUUAGAAAAUAUCAUAAAAACAUGUUGGUAAGACAAUGUUUCUAUUAUACAGAGACAAAAAAGCAGAUGACCGUCUGCACCAGCAAGGUGAUGCUUUUGUUUUUCAGUGUUUUAACUUUCUGUUGACAAGGCUUUUGAAUAGUUAAGCUUUGCUGUCCUCUUGACAGUUCUUGUUUUAAAUAGAUCUAAUUUAAACAUGAAAAAAUGGUGUUUCUUGUUUUCAGGUUAAUCAACACCUUUAUUUUGGUCUAAGUAGUUUGUAAUGUGUUCUUGCACUUUUUACCAUGUUUUUAUUAUGAAUACUGAACUUGAUAUGUAAUGUUAAUAAAAAUGAUUCCUGGAUACUGUGUUCAUACUAAAAAAUACCAGAAAUUGAGGGAAUUAUUUCCUACUUUGCAAGACAUUAAGAUAAUAGAAAAUUUCAAGCAGUUCGCUACUACUAUUGGACUGGAUGAUUCUGAAUCGGGUAAAUAAAUUGUGUCCUGUCAUGGAUUGAAUUGCUCGAGUGCUUCAUGACUUCUAGUAAUCCAGGUUAUUGACUACUUACGCUGCCGGCAAAGGCCUGGCUAAGAUAUUUACGUGCUAUAUUUGUGUCGGGUAUAGGGAAAUUAAAUGUCAGAUGUGGGAUGCAUUAUUGAUUUCUUCUCUGACAGCCAAACCAAAAUGUUGAGAAAGAAAGGUAAUGUUUUGGAAUAAGAAAAUCUGGAUUUACUGGAAAUCGUAUGCAUGAAUGUUAUUUAACAUUAUGUUUGAAAAAUCCAGGAGUCAUUUUUGUACAUAGAUAUUUUGCAUGGUUAUUAUAGAUUUUAAAUGCAACUUGAUUUUGAUUUUAAAGGAGCCAGGUAGAGGGAGAGAUUUGUGAGAAUAGACCAGCCUGUCUGUCAAUAUAUUGUAUACUUGAAUUGUUCUAUAUUUAUCAUUAGGAUAUCUCAUCUGCAGACAUUAAGUUAGACAUUUUAGAGGGAUAAAAAGAAAACAUUUACAAGGCAUAUAUAUAUAUUUAUAGAAAGUUGGAAGUGCCGUUCCUUUUAAACCCUAAAACAUUGUACAAAGUAAAGUUACAUAGGUCAUGACAGGGAUCAAACGUUGUCCAGCAUUUAAGUAAUUGAGAUAUGUCAGCAGUUUAUAUUUAUGUGAAAGAAUGGGUGGGUGGGUUAUUUUUCUCAGAAAGAAAGGGGUCAAUACUGAAAUGAUGGAAUACAUGGCUUCUUUAAAGUGGAAAUGUGAGACAAAUAAUGUGCCAGCGGAGGUCACCAGUGUUGCCUUUUGACACAACCUCCUUAAAUUAUAAAAAUUAAAAAAAAAAACAUAAAAAAAUGAAAUCAAAGUGGAAUCAUAUACCCUCAUGCUUUUGUUGUCAUUUAGGCCAUUUCGAAAUUCUACUUCCUUAUUUAUGUUUGCUAAGAUUUAAAGCACAAAGUAUUUUUCUUUGUCAUGUACAUUUUAUUGUCAUUAUCUCUUGUCAUAGCGAGUUGUUUUUUUCUUCUCGCAAUAAAAUGUACUUUAAGUGCACAAAAUAUUAUUUGUUAAGCAUUUUACCACUGUCUUUCAAUAUAAAUCAUUUCAUUAAACAAUGCAUAUUCAUCAAAUUUCAUUUGACAGUUUGUAUGUGACAGAAUGGUAUACGUGAUUGUGUAGUUUGAUAUUUUGGAUGCAUGAAUUUACCUAAGAAUUUUCAGCCGUAGCCCGAGAUGUAUGAAUGUUUGUUGAUAGCCAGGCAUGUAUAAAUGCUGGGCCAUAGCCUUGGGCAUAUAAAUGUUCAGCAAUAGCCUGGGUUGAAGGAAUGUUGGGCUAUAGCUUGGGGUUUACGAAUGUUGGGCCAAAGCCUUGGAUGCAUGAAUGGUGGGUCAUAGCCUUGAAUUUAUGAAAGUUGGGGCGAUGAAUGUCUGGUCGUUGAUUUGGAUGGAUAAAUGUUUGACCAUAGCUUUGGAUGGAUGAAUGUUGGGCUAUAGCCUUGGAUGGAUGUAUUUUGGGCAGAAUGUUGGACACUAGCUGAGACAUGUGAAUAUGAGACUAAAACCUUUGACAUAAGAGUAUGCAGCCACAGUUUGGGAUGUAUUCAACCAUAGCUUUGAUUGCUGGGCCAUGGCCUGGGAUGUAUGAAUAUUUGGCCAAAUUCUAGCUUGUGCUGUAUAAAAUUUAAUGAUUGCUUUUAAAAUGAAUUUGAUCAUAAUAAUGCCCUGUCUAAAACGAGCUUUUCUCAUCUGAAGGAUGAACUAUUUGUGUUUUGGGCCAAAUGACAUAAACGGUUGUAUAAACUCACUACUGUUCACACAAUGGGCAGUGACAGAGGUAAUUGUUGAGAACAGGUUAGUACUGGUACAGAAUCCAGGAACACUGGUUAGGUUAACUGCCCACUGUUGCAUAACUGAAAAAAUGUUUAGGAAUGGAGCUAAAAGCAAGCAAAGAUUGGAUAGCUCAGUUCAGCUGAAAAAACAUUUCAUAUAAAACGUAAGUGGUAAUGGCCGACUGAUAAGAUGUUGAUGAUCUAAAUCUCUCUGCCACACAGGUUCCAAGGUCUCGUCCAAGAUGUACCUGCUGCUGAAUAGCUGUUACAGGUUAACGACAUGGGCUAAUAAUGUUUAUAUAGUAAAAUUUAUUCCCGAGUAGCAAAUUUAUUCCUGGAAUGUUUUCAUAGCAGUAUUACAUCCUCCAUCUAUUCUCAGUGUGAAUCAGUUGUACAUAACUUCAGGUAUAUCAUCCAUGAAGAGUUUUAUUUCCAUGAUGGUGUUUAAAACUGUACCCUGCUAAAUUUCUAUAAUGCACUUGUCCAUCUUUCAAUUUCGACAGUACCAUUAACUGUUAAAAGGGUGCUUACAAAAAAGAUACUGACUGAAUGGCGAACAGUGCAGAUCUUGAUCAGACUGCAUGGAUGUGCAGGCUGAUCAUGAUCUACACUGGUCGCAAAGGUAGAAUCAAUCGUGUCCAGCAUGAUAAGGGUUAACAGUAAAGGCUUCAGCAGCACUAAUACCGUUUUAAAAUGGUAUUGAUUAGUGGGUCCAAGUGUGCUUAUUUACUCGCUAUUGUCAGUGCAAUUUGGAAAUCGUCAUUAACUUUAUUGAUCUGUAUGUUAAGACAACCAGUUUGUUUGAAUGAAAUUAAACAAAAAUGAUAUGUGACACAUGGCCAUUUAAUUUGCAUAAAUUAUACAGUAUGUGUGCAAAAAUGAGAAAAGUGAAGUAUUUUUGUACAACAGAUUUCAGAAUCAUAAGUCUUACUGCCGAAAUCCAAAUCUUUUCCAAUUGUUCUGUUAGAUAAUGUGUGUUGCUUGUUUUACAAUAUUAUGAUGAUUGGUGAUAAACUUGUGCUGUAUAAAUGUGCUAUACAUUUUAUAUGUAAUUAACUUGCCCUACAAUUUACAGCAUGCACUGACUGAAAUUGUAUAUGGGAUAAUUUUGCUGGCUGCAGUUUCAAGGAGUUUUUGUUGUUACUUGAAAGUUGAAUAGUUUAUUAAACACGGAGCUGUUGAUUAAAAUUGAGCCAUGCCAUGAGAAAACCAACAUAGUGAUCCGCGCAGUCUGGCCAGGAUCCAUGCUGUUCGCCUACUGGAAUUGGAGAAACUGUAAGCGAACAGCAUGGAUCCUGACCAAACUGCGCGGAUGCGCAGGGUGGUCUGGAUCCAUGCUGGUCGCAAACCCAUUAUGUUGGUUUUCUCAUGGCAUGGCUCAAAUAAACUUGAAACUUGGUAUCCCAGAUUCCAAGGGAUCAAGCAUUUUACUUUUGAGUUAACUGAAAUUUGAAUAAAAGUGAUAUUUUGUGCACUUGUUUUCGGCACGGGGCUUGAAAAUUGUCUUCAAGAUAGCCAGAAUUUGGAGAUAUUAAGCGAGUUUAAGAUAACGAUUUUCAACUGUAUUUCAAUGUUUUAUCCUGUCUGGUGUAUUUUACCAAUAAUGAACUUUAGAAUCGUGUUUGAUGCUUGAGAAUUUUCUAUAAUUGUCUCGUAUAUUUCAAGUUAACUACAAAUGAAAUAAAAUAACCAUGCUAAUAAUAAAAAAAACAUGUGUGGUUUUGCAGCAGUUUGUGAUUUACAUGAUACAAAUCCGAUACUAAAAUUGCCCAUUUACAAGUAAAAGCAGGAGUUUGUUAUCUCUGACGAUGUGGUAUGUUAGUGUAGUCAUUUUGUAGGUCAUUUAUAUAAUUGGUCAAAUGCAAGUAAAGUUUGAGGAAUCUUUCUAUGUUUGUAGUGUUUAGUUACUAGGUAAUAAUAAAUAAAAAUGUGCUUGGACUGGAGAUUUUCAGCAACAGCUUAAAAUGGGUUAAAGUUGUUUAAUGUGCAUUUUUGGGCGGAACCAUUGAAAAGCGCGGGGUGAAGAAUUGUAGACAUUUGAAAUGUUACCGCAAACAGAAAAGUUGAAAGCUCUUCAAAUCAUAAGCUUACAGACUAAGAAACAUGUGGUUCAUAAAACUUUCCAAAACUUGCCUGUGUGCUUUGGAAUUCUCAAGGUUAGGCAUGAAAUAGCAACUUUGUGUCCAGUUGGUUGUGGGAAGAUACUUUGCAAACCAUGUCAGUUUUACCGAGACAAAAAAAAAUCUGCCUCGCACUGAGAAUUUUGAAGUUAAUUAGAUAUAUUUAUUAUGUAUUUUUUCAAAAUAUAUAAUUAUAUACAUCUACAUGGAUAAUUUUCUGUAGACUUGGUGAAUGUUGGUUGUCUACAAAAUGUGCAAUUUUUCUUUUUAGCUUUCCUACAUUUUGAAUGUUUUACUGGAAGAAAUGAAUUACUCAGAUUUUACUUGCAUGAAAUGAUACUGCCAAAUACAUUGUUCAUGACCAUUACAAUUUCAUCAAUGUUAUUUGAAAUAAAAUGUUUAAUUAUAAUUGA